UGAAAACACAAAAUGGCGGAGUUUUACAGCCAUCUAAACACAGCUGCGUAUGAAUCUCAUGCAAAAGUGAGCUUCAAAGCGUUUGAAAUCGCACCAGUUAUCGAAAGGAUAGUAACUACAUCCGCAGAAAGGCCCAAAACUGUAAGUAGUUUGUUGUAAUAUUUUUGUUAUGUGAACAAAAUUUCAUUCAAGGUUCUUAUCAUUAAGAGAUUCACACUGUAGGGGGUUUACCUUGGUGUAAGAACCUAUGAACUUUUUCUUUGUUUUGCACCUUUUGUUUUCCUAGGUUUUGUUGUGUUGACUUCUUUGAUUCCUUUGCUUUACGUCACUUUGAGUUUCACAGGUUCUUACACCGAUGAUGAGCCACUGUAGGAAUUUGAUCGACUUUGAGAUUUUGCUUAUAAAACUUUUAUUAUUUACGAGGCCCUCGUAGGGAUGGGGAGGUGACUUUAGAGCACGUGUAAACUAACGUUACACGAAGCACAUCGAGCGAUUGUUUACUAAAUAACUUCAUUAUAAAAAUGAAUGAUGGUGUCAUUAAAAAAAUAAUACUCUUUUAGGUUGAAUGCAUUGACUGUGCAGCUCAGAAUUUAUAUAUUGGAACAACGGAUUGGUAUGUCUGUAUCAGGGUGGGAGAGGGGGGGGGGGGGAAAGACAAGGUCUGGGACUGAGAAACAAUGUUCUCACAACUUGCAAAGCGGUCACCCUAUGUGGUGGUCAGAGGAUAAUUCCAGUAUUUUUCCCACAGUAAAUAUUUUAAUAGAAGUGAGAAGCCACACGGCAGAGGAAAUGAUAAAAAAAUGGAAAAAAUAAUAUAAUGCAUCUUUGUUUUUCGUGCAUAUUUCAGUAUUUGUCUUUUGGUACUGAAAUUUGGGGGAAAAUUAACCGCAACCAUGUUAGAUCUUAACCAACAACAAUGCGCUUGGUUCAUGAUAUAUAGGUUACAUUAUUUUUGUUGGGCGAGGACAUCAAAAGAUUUUAUUAGUUAUGAUGCUGAUUAAUAUUACUGAAGAAAGUAUCAAAUUUAUUGGAAGUAAGUAUAUUCAAGCACGCCAUAUAAAUAUGAGCUUACAGCUGUACAUAUCAUACCUGAAUAAACAUUCACACUUCACAACAUUUUACCUUGUUUAUUACGAUCAGUCAACACCUUGAAUUCAAAGAUAAAAUUCAAAAUGAUUCUAAUAAACAAAUCACAACUACGACUGAAUGCUUUGUACCUUGAAGCAACCUUAAAUUUACUAACGUUUGCAGCAAAACACUGGUCAAUAGCUCAACUCGUCAGUGGUUCUUAUCAGCUAUACGCAGCUAUAUGUUGCAUAUUCCAAACUCUGCAGAGGGAAAUUGUUUAACAGAAAAAGAAAACCACAGACUAUGUCUGAAAAGCAACAUAAAAUUAAUAAAUUUGCAAAUUACCAAAAUAAAAUAGUGAGAAACAGUCCUGCCUUGGAGCACCAUGUCUUUGUUCCUUCUCAAAACCUUUGAUCUGCAGUUUUUGAUGUAAUGCACAUGAUCGGGACACAAAUCUGCUGGCAAGACCCUUGCUGAUCACUUUGUGAGUUGUGAGAACAUUGUUUGGAUUUCAUUUAAGAGACUGUAUGGGAAGUAGCUACCCCCCGGUCUGUAUGAUAGACCCGAGGGAGGUACUUCCUUAUAAGAGGCUAAUAGGGAUGUGCCGCUGGAUGGGGUCACAUUUUCAUGUCUGGAUUGACUAUAAUGGGGUCGCAUUUUCAAUAGAGUUACUAGAAUGGGGACGGACAUUUUCAAAUUUGUUUGGGUAAGACAGUUCUUCAUAUUUAUGGUUAGCAAACAUACCAGAAUGUUUGUACUGCAGAUGAAAAGUAAAGUGUUCUUCAUUCAAUAUAACAAAUAGGUCAAUUCAUAAAAAUAGAAACUGGGACUAAGUUGGGAUCGCAAAAAUGACAUAUUUGCCCUAAAGUGACUAAGGAGGAAACCGUUGUUGGGUGCCCCUGUGUUUUAUUUUCUUCUGUUUUUAGUACCCUGAGUUCUCCUGUUUAUGUCAUCACUAGAGGACAAAUAGUUAACAGGAAUUAUGCUUGGAAGUAUCUACUGUUCUUUCUAGAAGAACACAGCUGUUCCCUGAAUUAAAAAAAGCCAGUUCUUUGACUUUGAUCUGCCAACAACUAAUCUUUGAUAUUAAUUUUAUAAUUAUGAUGGCAACAUAUUAAUUUUAUUGUAACUAGAACUGUUUCUCGAACACUCUUGUUGGUAUUUAAACAAUACUUAUUUACUUUGUCUCCAGUUUUGUUCUUCAUUAUAUCAUUGAUGAAGGAGUUUCACCACUGGGCAAAACAACAUUUCAGUCAGGACUGCAAGCAUCCAAGCAUCUUGGAAUGGUUUGUUGAUAAACAAACAACUACAGUUGAACCUUCUUUAAAUUGUCUUCCUUUUAAACAGCCACCAGCUAUGAGGCUGACAGUAAUAAAAGUCCUAAAAUGAUAAUUUAGAAAAUAACAGUAAGUGAAACCUGUAUCGGUGGCCAUGAAUCAAAGUGCUCGAUACUCUUAAGUGCAGUUUAGGUUUUUAAAAAUAUGUUAAUUGAAACUGCAGCUCUAGAUAUAGUGUAGAUGUUGAUGACUGAUUGUCGACCACAUUACAUGUGUGUUUCAAAAUAAGGUGAUGUUUCUGCCGCGGGGUUUGCUAAUUAAUUAUGAACCUCUAUUGAGUGGCCAACCUCCAUUAAGUGGCCACUUGCUGAUACCCCAAAGGUGGCCGCUUCAAUGGAGGUUCAGCUGUGUACAGUGUAUGUUUUAAUCUUAAUUUAACAUGAAAGACAGUCACCUUGCUUGUGUGAAGUCAUUAUGCAAUGGUAUAUACCAUGUAAAAUUCAUCCAGGUCAACCUUGUAAUGAUCUUCCAUUUUUACCUUCUUUUCUUAUUGACUGAUAACAUUAAGAAGCCUUUUUGUACAGUUCUUUCAUUUUCUAUAAGGAUCUUCAAUUUUCAAUAUUUCAUUUUGUCUGAACUUAAUAUUUCAUUUUCAAUUUUAAAGGGAAGGUUUCAUGGUUCAGUGCAUACUCAUUAAUCAAAAUGCUGUUUUUCUGGUGGGACAUGCUGUAUCGUCUGUGCAAGCAAUAUGAUCAUGUCAUGACGUUGUCAAAGACCCAAUCUCUUUUGACAGUCACCUGAUCAACUUGUGUGCAAAUAGCUGUAAAUUAUCAACCUUUGAAUAAAACACGCUGGGCCAGGACACAUGCAAAAAGCUGCAGGCAAGGAACUACUUUUGGAUUUUUUAUUCGUUUGGGCUCAAACUUUGCAGGAUGGUAGAACUCUGUAUUCCAAAAAUCUUAUGUUUUUUGUUUUUUGAUUUUAACAUUUUUUGGCAGGAAAAUGACGUCACAAGAUUGACAGCAAAAUUAAAAAUUCAAGAUAUGGCAAAACAAAUUAAUAAUUUUGAAAGAAUGUGACGUGAUAGAAACAAAUGUGCAAAAACUCAGUUAGUUAAAGAGUUAUUAAGCUUUGAUUUUUGAAUUUCCCGCCAUUUUGUUACUAUUAAUUUUUAGAAACAUGAUUACAUUUCAAGAUGCUAUAUCUCCUAAAGCAAUUGAGCUUUUCCAAAAAUUUUUUCACAUUUGUUUCUAUCACGUCACGUUCUUUCAAAAUUAUUAAUUUGUUUUGCCAUAUCUAGAAAUUUGAUAAUGUGUCCUGGCCCAGCGUGAAACCCUGGGUCAACAAUAAAUUCAACGUUUGUAGUAUUGGCAUAAUCCACUAAUUUUUUCUGUGAUUUUAGUACUCCUCCAUCCCACUUCACGUUACUCUGAAAUACACUUCUACUUUGAAAUACACUCUGAGAUCACUGAGAUACAUGUGAGUGGGAUUAUUAACCAACAGAAUUAAUAAUAAAUUGGAAAAAAAGUAAAUCAAUGUGCAUGCGCUAAACCGUAAGCCUGUCCCUUUAAAGAAUUCUCUACUUCUUCUUGAUGAUAAACUUUUCAUUUUCAUUCAUUUCAGAAAAAGCCUGUUGUGCAGGUGCUUACAGCUCCAGCAAUAAACAGACUUCUUGUACUCUGUGAUGGUAUGUUUUUUUUCCCUGCUGAGGGGAUAACACUCACCCCAACCUUGAUUAAACCUAUCCAUCAACAAUAGAUGGGUGUCGGGAAGGUGCCUGGUGAAACAGAAGGGGGCUGCAAGUGAUCCUAGAAGGUAACCAUGACAACCCUGAGAGUGGCACCCACCAGGCACUUUCACACUGAGAACCUCAGUGGAAAAAGGUGCAGAUACUUACUAAAAAGAGCAUCCAGAGAGGAGGGAGGGUUGGGGGCACAAAAGUAACUCUAACUACUGCACGCAAAAGCAACGUGAUCAAAAUGAUUGACUCCUGUGACAGCGCGGUAAAAUCACUAAGGCCCUGCUAACCCUCAAGACUGCCCCACAUACGAUUAGUGGUAAAGACUACUGCCAGCAUUGUCACAUGUUUAACCUCGCCUAAAUUACAUUAUUAGCUACAUUAUUUAUUCUAAAUAUCACAUUCCACUGAAAUUUGUUUUUUUUGUUUGGGCUUACAUAUAUAUUUGUUUCACAUGUAACUAGGUAUCUUAUUUUCAGUUUAUUUAGCUUGUUAACAGCAUUAUUGUCUCCACUUUUAGAAUGUCAAAAUAUAGAUUUAUUGAAAUGUGGCAGAAUGUUUUGUGGUUUAGUGUAGGUACUACCAUGCUAAUAUUAAAGGGAGAAAUGACACAUUUUACAGUUGUUAUGGAUUACCAUUUCAACAUUAUCUGCUCAUUAAAUUCUGUUUAUGUUUCUUUUGGCAGGUGGAAUUUUGAUGUUCACUAUGUUUGGUUUAGAGGUUAGUUAUAUUAUAUCUUAUUACUGACAUUUUCAUAUAAUCUUAUGUACACGUAGUUCGCAGGGUUUGCACAGUCUUCUUGAAAAUCCUUGAAUUUUAGUGGAAGUUCUUGAACAGUCCUUAAAUUUCUUUGCAUGUCUUUGAAAAGUUCUUGAAUUUUCUUCAGCUUUGAAUGUAAUAGCCUGAAAAGUGUUUUUUAAUGCUUUUUAGUUUCCUAAAAGAUAAUAUACUGUAAAGCAUUUUUUAAACAUUUUAUCCAAUAAGUAACUAUCAAUUUAAGAUAAGUGUACUGAAAAAUGUAGGUCAAGUUUAAGCCUUAAAGUCUUGUUAGAAUGAAAUAGGAAUCUGCAUUUUUGUACAAGCUGUGAAAUUACAUUUCUGGUAGGUGGUCCUUGAAAAUUUUUUGUAUGAACCCUAGUUCAUUUCCAAUUUAUGUAUAUGACCUUACCUAUAUAAUGGAAUAAUAAUAUACACUGCUUGGGAGUGUACUCCCUCAGCAACAUGUACUGUGGAUGUAGCUUUAUAUGACAGAUUAGCAUUCCCUCCAAUGGGUUGUAAAAUUAUUUGACUUCUAAAACUGUCAAAUUUUGAUUAUUGUUAUAAUUCAGUUGCCUUUAUAAUUAUUGGUUCCAAAUUUUCUUACAGUUUUUGGCCACAGGAUUUAAAGACAGAUUUAAAGGGGUAAGUUGAAUAACGGCAAUAUAUUUCCAAGUGGUGUUGAUUUUUUGAGAUUACUCAGAAGCAAAAAUGCUUGAACCGCAUUUAUAGAAGUUUAUACAUCUAAAAAAUCUGCGUCAAUAAUUAUUUAUUUAUUACAACAGCUUCAAGUUUCAUGGCUGUGAAAAAUUUAGUAUCUGUAUUUUCAGUAGAGACAACUAAAGCUAGUCGCUAUCAUGCAUUUGAAAACUUUGUCAGGAGUAAUAAUGUUGUUGAAUCUGACCUGUGUUUUGUAGGUGACUGCAAUCUGUAGAAAUGAUAACCCAAAUUUAUUUGAUCCAUUUGCUGUUGAGGUAAGUCCUCUUUAUUAUUAUAAACAUCUGAUAGAUUUUCAUUGUAUUGAUGCAGUGCAGUUACAUGUACAUUCUAUACCUCUCCCCUUUUACAUUUCUCAAAAUUUGUUUAUUUAUUUUCUUUUAUGUGCUCUGCAAUAAUUAAAAAUGGAAUAUUGUUCAAAAAAAGAAAGAAAAAAUAGAAUAUUGUUGCAAAGUUGCUAUUAUCAGAAGUUUUAUGGUUAAAAAAUUAAAAUUAAUAAAUCAAUUGGAGUGGUUUGAAGAGGAAUGUAUGUGGUCUCUGAUGCUCCAAUGAUUUUUAUAUUCUGAAGUGGGUCACUAAUUCAUGAUGUCAUAUGUGUAGUGUAUAUUAUAUAAGAUAGCUAAAAGAGUUCUUUUACUGGUACUAUGUAUUUAUAGGUUUGCAUGGCACUUUCUAAGAAGAGAGCUGUUCAUAUUUUAUCAGUUACUGAAGACAAGAUCAUUCCACUAAAAGAAAUUCAGCUUCCAGAACCACCAUUACAUAUGGUGAGUGACAAUGAGAUUAGACUGCUGUUGAUAUUAAAAAGAUGAGCUUGGGAGCAGGUGCCUUAAAGGUGGAAGGGCCUAUAGUGCAAAAGGGAAGCAUUGUCUUGGAGGUAGCCAUGGUAACCAAGCAAGCACCAACCACCUCUAAAACACCUGACCCUGGAUCAUAGGCCGUGAACAGCCAUGAUCAGUAAAGCAAAGCAAAGCUGAGAUAUGCAAUCACAUGUCAGCCCCUGCAGACCAAGCAACCACCCUGCACAAGCCUGCCUGCCUGGGGCUCAACUGCUGUCCUGCUAAUGUUGUCUUGAGGUUAACUCUGCCUAAAUUACAAUUUAGCCACAUUAAAAACAAUAAAUGUUUUCUGAAUCAUUGAUUAUUAAUAUGUGUUUAUAUUGAGCCACUAGACUGGUUUUGUUGUGUAUUACAUCAUUGAUUUUAAAACUCAUGCAGGCAGUGGAUGGAGGUGCUGUGUGUGUGGCAUUGGCAAACCAGCAUAGGUACUGCAUGGUCAACAUUCAGACAGGCCAGGUACAGAUUGUUUUUACCCCUUUUAUUUACUCUGUAUAAUAUAAAGGUAAAAAAAAAAAAACAAAUACAGUCAUAGCCCCUUUUCUUGAGCAGACCCAAUGUUGAUCCCAGAGUCCACGUUACCCUUGUCCAGUGGAACAGACAAUAGCAAAACGUAGUGUUGCUGGACAAGGGUAACUCAACUCCGGGAAUGAGAUUGGAGCAGACCUCCUUGCAAACUGGAAAAAGUCACAGCGAAAGAGAAGGAGAAGGUUUUGUAAUGCAGCUGUUCUUUUGUGAGCAUCUUCUUUAUAUUUAGUUUUAUCCAUCUUCAACUAUCAUAGAGUCUCUUUAUGUUCUUGUCAUGCUAUUAGCUAAUAUAUGUAUCGUAUGCCAGGCACAUUGUACUAGUUGUAAUUACUCUUUUGCUUGGCUAUGUGCUGACACUUAGGUUCAAGAAUUGUUUCAUUAUGAAGCUGAGAUGACUAAAGGACUGGUCAUGGGUGUUGGAAUGGUAAGCUAUCUCUAGGAAUGAUGGCACCAUAAGAAUUUGAGGGUUUCAAAAAAAUAUUAAUCUGGUCUCAGUUGUUCUAAUGUUGGAUAGCAUUAUUCACCAGAUUAAUCCCUAUUUGCUGGAUAGCGCUAUCAGUGUCCCUAACACUUAUCCAGUGGAUAGUGAUUUAUCGAGUGUAUGGCGAUGUCCAACUUUUGAACAACUGGGGCCUGAUCUGGAAAAAUGAGUACACUGUAGCAGUGGUACCAUUUGCCACACCUGUCUUUGUCACCAGCUGUAGCUACACAUGAACUGCAAUACGUUAAUGUCCUGUUAGGUAAUCUGUAUGAACUGUAUUUUUCAAUGUCUUUUGGUAAGAUAUUGGAUCUUGGGUAUCAUGAGUGGAUGCCAGUUUUUGGUCUCAUCCUCGAGCAAAGUAUUUCAUAACAAGUUGUUCUUAGGUGUUAGCCCACAGUUGAGGGGCAUAUGAUUUUCUUAAAGGUCCUAGUAAUUACCAGUCCCAUUAGGGUUUUUUUACAUGUGCUAUGUUUAAGUUCAAGAUCAAGCUUUUCACAGUUUUCAAAGUGGUGCAAUGAAAUUACCAGGUUAAGAAACAAAAUGGACUGGUUAGGGGGCUGGAAUCCUCAGUGACAUUCAUUAAAAUGAUUUUGUUUCUUAAACAUGGCUUUGAUCUGAAAAGUUACUGGCAAUUUUGAGAAAUGGGCCCUAGGGUCCAUGUUCUAUUUUUCAUGUUAGCCUCUUCUCAUGAGGCUUUUGGGACCAAAUGUGCCAGAAUUUCUCUAGUUACCCAUCUUAACCCCUUCUUCUAGUUAAUUUUUUUUUAUUUUACAGUCAGGGGGAUGUAAUUCAAGGCUUUUCUGCUCUGGCGUACAUGUAUUUCUUCAAUCAAUAGUCCACUGUGGUCCACUUUUGAACUGGACACUUGGCAAAGGUCAUCAUGUUUUGAAUUUUUCAUUGCAGGAAGAAUUUCUGUUAAAUGGUCCUACAGAUGUCAUGGGAAUGUUUGUGACAUCUGAAGGUACCUCUCAGAGAGCUCCACUCAGCUGGUCAGAAAGGUUGCUGGCUCUUGGCUUUUCUUUUCCUUAUGUGAUUGCACUGGGAGCAAGUUCCAUUUCCAUUCACAGGUAAGCGAUACUUUGCUGUCCAUGUUCACCCAAAAUGUGUGAAGAAUAGCUUCACUUGUGAAGAGUGUCUUGGGUAUUUUAAGCAGGAAAAAGGAUUAUUAUAGUCAGUUAGCAUGCAGCGUUCUUUGCAGGAGUUCCAGAAUUCAAUUCUUUGGUGCGAUUAAGUCCUUGUUUUGCCUUUUUUUCUGUGUAGCUUAAGUAGCUUUAACCCUUUAAGCCCCAGUAUCCACAUACAAAUUCUCCAAACCGAUCUCUAUACAUUUCUUUAAAGAAUGAGUUGAGAGAAUUUGAUAGUAGAUCAGAGCAUUUUCUCUUGUGUGAUCAUUUUAUUAAUUCUCAUAACUUAUCUCUUGACAGUGUAUGGAUAUUGUUUGGAGAAAUUUGAUCUUGGUCACUGUUGGGACUUAAACAGUUAAAUACCCAAAAAACAGAGCACUGGUGGAAAAAGGGGGUAAAAUGAGCACACAGUUGGCUUUGGGUUUGUCAAUCUAAUGGGUGCUGCUACAAGUUACUAAUAUAAAAUAUUAAAGAACCUUACCAUUUUUACUGUUUUGUUCACUUAGCAUUAUAGGACAAGACCAGAAGUCAGAGAAGCACUCACUUUCAUUUAAGGUACAACUGGCUGCCACUACCAACCCCAUUAUGAGAUUUAUCCUUUGUAUGAUAUCUGUUUGCGUAGCCCCUCCACGGUAUUUUCCCAGGCCUUCUUAGUCAAUUCACUUUGGUGACAUAUCUGAGGCAAAAUAACUUCUUUGCUUGGACCAAGUGAUGCGAAACGCAUUGGCCGCACGGAAUAAUGAUGCCGAGGUAAUGGGCAAGAUAAGUGUGAUACUAACUGUAAGUGAAGUCAGAGCUGUCACUAAGAUUUCAGUUUUCUUUGUUAAUACACCAAGUAGGGAGGGGGAUGAUACAACCAGGGAUUUCUUUCCUUCUUUCCAAUUUUUAUGAAAGAAGCUGGGGUUCACAUUUAUAUUUGCCCUUAAUGACAGCUGUGGAAGUGAUAACAGAUCGAGGUGAUAACAGAUGAUCGUGGACCACACAUCCAGGGAUACUUCCCCUACAGCCAACAUGUUCUUACCAGUAUUUUUUAACGUACUGGUUGGUAUUCCUACCAGGGCUUGAAUGUUUCAAUAACCUCAUUCAAUCUCUCAUUUAUCUGUUUUUUAAGUUCACUCAUGAAGUUUAAAAUAUUACAAUGAAAUUUAACCGUGAUGACUUGGUUUUGUCAGGGGGGAAAAUGUUUGCUGAAUUACGACAACCAGGUGUUUGUUUGUUCUCCAAGAGAAGUCUACUGUUUGGUGCAGCUGCCCUUUAAAAAACAGGUACUUAGUUGUAUGCUGUGGGUAGAUAUUCGUACCAGUCUGCUUGAAUGCCAGUUUCUCUCGGUCACUCGUCUGCUCAGUGACCUCCCUCUGCUUAGAAUAUCACGACAUGAGGAAUCUUAUGAGGUUGACUUGUGGCAAGUCUAUAUUUAUGAUACAAGGAUCCAAUGGAUUUUAGCGAAAAAUGUUGCAUAGGGAUGAGGCCCAGAAAUAUGGAAGAGGGAGAAAGUGAAGGUGCUGUCUGUGCAUGUCUACCCACUUGGCAUCAGGAACAAAUGCCAGAAUAACACACUCAACUUAAAACCAAUCUUUGGGUACUUGUGCUCUUUUUCGCUCGAUAAUGACCAGAAAACAGCUUCACUGGCUUCAUAUUGAUUUUUUUGUUUAUUUUUUUUUCCAGGUUCAGAUGUUGUUAAAUGAGAAAAGAGUGAAUGAAGCUCUUCAGUUGGCACAUGUUGCCAUGGAGACCGUGAAUGGACCUCAGAGAGAUGAGAAGGUACUUGAGUAUAUUGUUAAAUAUCUGCCAUAACUGACUGUUAGUAGAGUUUUUUUCUUAUCGUCACUUUGGUCUUAGCUUCUUAGCAGAACCCAGCAGAAAGCAGGUUUGAUUUACAUGGCCGAAGGUUACUUCACCGAAGCUGCUAGUCUUAUGAGGGAGGGUGGACUGGAUCCAAGAGAGGUACAUUCUGUUGUCUCUAUCAGACUUCACUGUUUGUUUACCAUACUGGGACUAAGAAUGAACCGAGGUUGUGUUUUUAACAAUUAUUCCUCGAGCCCGAAUGGGCUCUGAGUCAAUAGCCCAUGAGGCCGAAGGCUGAAUAGGCUAUUAACUCAGAGGCCAUGAGGGUGAGAGGAAUAAUUUUUUUAGUAAAAUCCAACUAGUUGGUCAAAAGUAUCGAGAAUAAAAACAUUUUAGCUAUUUAAAGAUAGACUUUAAUCCUUUUUUGCUGCCAAAAAGCUGGCGCUUUUCGCUACUAGUGGGCUAUAACAUAUAGCCUAGUAGUAGCUCAACCAAACAGAACGUAGCGUUGAUAAUAGACUACUAGUUGGAUUUUACUAAAUAGUGAUACAUUUCCCGACUCCAGGCACGGCUGGAAUGGCCCCCCACCCAGUACGGACCUGCUCUGAGAUCCGGAGCUCUAGACCUUUUUCAAUCAAAGGCACUUAGCGUAUGAGUUUGGUGCAAAAAACUGGGCUUUCCUGGCGUCAGUUGCAUGAAUUCUGUGUCACACGUAACUGUAACAUCUCUGCUGAAUGUUACGUCCUACGUUAAGAUGAGCAAAUUUAAGCAAUGGGACAGCAGAGGAAAGAAAACGGCAAAACCUUCUGUGUGUUUGGGAAAAUUUUGCGCCAAACUUCACCUUCCUUUUAACAGUCGAAUCUUUUAGUUAAAAAAAGAGAAAAACAUAAAACAGUGAAUUUUAAGUUAAGAUCAUGACAAAACAAAACUGGCUACCGGUUGCUCUGAGUGCAAAACUGAGUAAGUUACCAGAGGAAACUACUAGAUCACAGCCCUGUAGUUUUAUUAUCCUUAAAAACUGAAAUUCUUGCGUUCAUUUUUAAAUCCUUGAAAAGUUUUUCCAGAAUGUUUUGAAGAGGAUUCUUAGAAGGUCACUUUAUUCCCCGCUUUUUAAUGUUCAUAUCAUUUUUAUUUUCAGCUAAUAGUCUUAUUUCCCCCGUUGCUGUCAUCAAAUUGGAAGUACUUACCGUCAAGAGAAUUGGUCGAACUAAGUAGCCUUGGUAAGUCUGAAAUCUACUCCAUACAUUACUUGCUGUUUGAUGAUGAUUUUCUUAGCCUGCGAGCAAACUCGCCGGGUCGCUAUUGCGCCCCGCCGCCAGAGCGCCCUGGAGAACUUGUUCCCAGGCUAGAUUUUCUCAACCCUUUUGACAUAAAACCUAUUUUAAGGGCCUGUUUACAUGGAAUGGGGGACCCCGGUCUAGUGGGGUUGGUUUCUUUUGUUUUCACGCUCUACGGGACAUAAAACAAAAGAAACCUACCCCACUAGACCGGGGUCCCCCAGUCCAUGUAAACAGGGUCUAAGAGUGCAAAAAGUGUUCGUUGUUGUUUUAAACUCGCACGGAGUUAUGAGUUUAUGUUUCUGUAUACUCAUGUAAGGUAAUCCAAGACUCUCUUGGAUUCUGGAUUCUACGCUGUGGAUUUCGGAUUCCAGACUGCGGAUUGCCGGAUUACCUCACAUGGGGCGAUGGUUUACGGUCGCCUCGCCUACGAGUCGUUUCGCCAAUGUUCUGUUCGAUAACUUCGGACGUCGUUUCGCUACGUGUUGGGUCAGUUUCCCAACUGCUUUCGCCUGAUGAGUGGCUGAAAAAACGUGGUAUAUACGUGCGUAUCGCAGGUUUUUGUAUCACGGCUGAGAGAACGAAGCAUAUACAUGCUCAGCGCUCGUUUCACCUCUUACCAGAACGACAUGGGACGUUAGCGAAACGACUCGUAGGCGAAACGACCGGUUACAGGGGUGAUUACUGGCAAGUUCUGUACAUGCACUAGGCACAAGAUAUCAGGGCUGAGUUUCCAAACCUGCACCACCGGGGUUUCGUUUAAGUGUUUUGAGAAAAAGGACUGAAGUCGCGAGAGAAAUGUAAUUUAAAACUUUUUUGAAUUGUCUGCCUAGUACUUAGCUGGCCUAUUAUCCUCCUUAAAAGGGAAAUCAGGCAACCACGUUCGCAAUUCAGCUCUUUUGCGUCAUCAGUAUGGAAUUUAUGUGCUUGUUUCUCAUACGUCAUUUCGCUUGGAAACUAGUGUUGGCUGUUUUCUCAGGUUAGGCAAACAUUAACACUAAUAGAAGUUUAUUUUUUUUGCAGUGAAAGGCAACAAGCAAUUUUUAGUACAGGCUAAACAGUUACUGAUGCAGUACCUUGUAAGCUGAGUUCUUACUUUCCCCUUUAUCAUGAGCUGUUAUCAGUUUUGCAAUUUUUUUUUACCUGAUAACGAAGUAGUGAAUAAAAACGUCAUACUGAAUAUCUCAUUUUGCUUUAAAACGCAGGAGGAAACAAGGAGGGCUGCGGAUGAUGCUGGUUACAAAGAAGUAAGAUCUGUUCUGGAGACUGAUUCACUUGAUACACACCGGCUAAAAUAAUGUGCUUUUCAUUAAAGCCAAACAUUUUAACCAUAAAAUGACUUGUGAUCAGGGGUUCUUUUUUUUUCUUUCGGGGAAGCGAAAUAGUCGGCGAACGGCGGAGGGAAAGAUCCUUCUCCCCUCGUCUUUCAAAGAAUAAGGGAAUAAAAAGACCGCCUGGUGGUAGGUUCAUCAUAAUAAUAUGUUGGUGUCCCGCCAAUACAUGAGUGCAUCUUACCCUUAAACCUCCCAUAACUUGCACGAAAAGACAUAAUAAGAAGAUAGAUGUAUAGAGGGAAUAAUCGCCGCCUGACCAUACCUAAAAAUGCUCUUUAGGUAGUUUUCUAUCUUAGUUAUUGCGAUGUCGGUCUAUGAUAUGUGGAGAGUGUGCUACGCUUUCGUUUUCUCGGCCUCUCCUGGAAAACCUCCUCUUAAAGUACAACGGGUACAUUUUUCGCUUCCGUCGAUCACACGAACGUCCACACAGGUUAUCUUCAAGGGGUUCGAAAGGUCACGUCGGUGAGUUGUAACUGGUAGAUUUUGACCCGUUAUUUUUGUUUUGCAAUGCAAGGUUCGGUGGUAGUCUUAGACAUUGUGAUAGGCGGGAGCGAUAAACGUAACCUUUCGUUAAAGUUUUACUCUAGAAGUCGCAUGUUAUUGAAAAGCGCACUAAAACCCGAGUCCAACUUGGCGGAAGUAGGUUCUGCGGUUUUAGUUUCUUUCUUUGUUGCACCUCUUGUAAUAGAAGUGAAAAACGAGUUGAAUAGUAUUUCGUUCGUAGCGUUGAUCUGAUCACAGAGUAUUUUCUGUGCGUCCUCUAGGAAGUUGACACAGCGCUUGUGAAAUUAUACAUCGAAAUCAAUUCUCCUUCGCUUCAAGAUUUGGUGUCCAGCGCAAAUUACUGUACUGUUGCAGAUACCAUGUCUUGGCUUCAGAAAUAUGAGGUAAAGUAAAACGUCUAGACGAUAAACUAUUGUGAAUAAAUACGACGGAAAAAAUUUUCCUUGGUACAAAUCACAAUUUCAUUAGUCUCUUGCCCAUUUAGUUUGUUCUGUUAUUUUUUUUUUGAGUAAGAAACUAUCUCAAUCUAUUUUAGUUAGACUGAAAAACAGUUGGUUACCCUAAGUUAGCUGCCACUUGUAAUGUGCAAAACCCAGAAAACGUGCAUUCUUUAGCGCUUUGCGCGCAUAGCUUAACUUUCUUAAGGUGAAUUUCCACUGUUGCGUAAUUUUUACUCGUGUACGCAUGUAAAUUUUACGGCGUGAAUAAAAUAGAGGCAAUGCAUGGAAGGUCGCGCGAAAACGUUAAAGCGCUGCGCUUUCAUACGUUGCUUCUAUAAUAUCAUGGAUAAUAGAAAGACUGGAUAGGAAACUUAUGUCACGUGGGCUGAUUUGUUAUCGCCGAUUGGUUGGUUCGUGCUCCAAGAUGGCGUUGGAUGGUUCCAUCAUAGUGGAGAUUUGUGACGAAACGAUGGCGAAAAUGUGGCGCAAACCAGUCGAAAUGUAGGGUUUCUUUGCCUGCUUGUUGUUCUUUUUCGGAUUUUUUAGUGGUACUUUAAUUUUUGGUGGGUGUUUUUUUCCUUCGUUUGUUGUCUUACGGCGAUGGCGAUCCUUCAAAGCCACACUUGAACCUUCAAGGUAAGCACUUCUUGUUGUUGUUUUGUGUUAUUUGUCCUUGUCUUUGAGAAAAUUGCGUCCCAGAAAUUGACCUUACCAGAGCCAUAUUUAGUACACUUGGCGACUGUUUUGGGACGCCUUUGUUAUGAAGGUUUCUUCUUGUUUGUAUUCUUAACUACGAUUGACAGAUGUUUUAAGAAUGGAAUUGUGGCAUAGGCAUAGUUACAGACUGAAUGCUGUUAUUUUUCAGCCAUAAAUUUCAUUUGAAAAUGGCUGAAACUGACUACGUUCGGAGCUGGCGCCGAGCAAGGGUACGCACACCGUGUGUAAAGUUCCGAUCGAUGGACAAGUUUGUGUUGAGAACUGUUUCGCUCAAGUAAUAUCCUAGAUUAACCCUGCUAUUAUUGUUCGUAAAGUAGUACGUUAAUUUCGCUCAUCUUUUAAUGUUGAAAUAAAACUACUAUAUCACAAAUCCAGUAAAUACAAUCGCCUCACGUCGCUCCUCGCAGCUUGUAUUCGAAGGCACUGAAAAGACUCGAAUAAAUUUUGUACUUUUCCCUUACAUAAACUAUAAAUAAUUGUUGCAUCAAUGGGAAAACACCUACUGACAUUUUUGUCCUCCGUUUAGGCUCCUAAGUGUUGUUGUUAUUUUUUAAACAGUGUUUUACAUUUUUUUUUGUUUUUCUUUCUCGUAGGAUUUGCCAAACACACAUAAUCAAUGAAGACAGUAAAAGUGUGGUCAAGUACUCUUCUGAGAGGGCACAAAUCAAUCAAUCUUUCUGUAUUAAACAGCAACAAAGUUGCUUUUGUCAUGCAUGAGAGCCAGAAGGUGGCAUCUAAAUCAUUUAUGAUAAGAAACUUUAUUUAUCACCUCUGAAGUGUAUUUAUUACUUAUUUGUAAGUGGGACAAAUUGGCUGCGUUUGAGGGUCAAUGCUUGUAUUAGCUACAGAGUCAUGUGUUUAAGUUAGUUAGUGUUCUUUCCUGAAACGGUCUAUAUCUGAAUCACAUUGUUUUCGAACCAAAGAUGGACUUGAUUAGCACUAUUAUUGUAUUCGGUUUUUGGAGAUCCAAAGUAACAAUGUACCUGUAGAUGAUGAACCUUACCAAGGUAUAUUCUAAAUCAAAUUAAUAAAACAUAUACCUGUACUUGUUUGGGGUAUGCAUUUUGUUUUCACCAACAUGAUAGUGUGACCAGACAGUCAUAUUUUUCAAUCCCUCAUCCACUUAUCUCAGACCAAACAAAACCCCAUAACCCCUGAUGUUACUGGUUUUUUUUUUUUUUUUCAUAUGUAUAAGCAGCUUCUAUUUUUCUUUUGGGAACAGUGUUUAUGUUUAUUUCAGAGGUCAUGAGAGGUGAUUUACAGUAUUCCCUAUCCAUAUCAUUAACACUACACAAAAACUUAAACUUUGUUUCAUCCUAAAAAAAGGUCAGUAUUUCAAAGAUAAUACAUUUCUAGGUUUUAUUAAGCCUUAUGGAAGACAAGUGUUUCCUAAUAAAAAAGAAGUGAAGGUUCUACUAUUAACCAGGAGAGUUUGCUUCCCACUUGUAUUCUAGUAGUUAACAAUUAACCGUUUUACAUAACAUUUUUAAAAGCGUUGCAGUUCGCUUUUUCAAAGACCUGACUGAAAAGUACCUUGGGUCACUGUACAUUUAUACCUGAAAAUGGCAAAACAACUUGCUUCACAAUGAAAAUUGAUUUGAAAAAGUUUAGAAACGGCGUUUCCACGGUGGUCCGCAAGCAAAUUUCCUUUCUCUGCUGUGAGCUUUUCCCCGCUUCUUUAUAUUUCUCAAAUACGAUUUCUUGUCCCUGGUUGUCCGUAAAUAAAAUUGAAGAGAAAAUUAAACACUUGUUUGAGCUGGGUACUUAAACCGCUAAUAAAGUCAUUUUGUCAAGGGUUGAUAACUUAUAAAAUUUGACACUCGCCGAACUUGUCGAUAAAAGCCGAAAAGAAAUCGUGAAAACCCUGAUGAAAAGGGUUAAAAUUAUUUCCAGUUUUCUUGUGGUUUGAAGAAAAUUAGGCUGUGUCUUUUUUAUAGGUGUUUUGUAGCUGUAUAUAUGUAAGUUUUCGCACACUUAUUAUGCAGUUCGGCUUCCCGUUUGGUGCAUAAAAUUAUCGGGCGCUGGAGUCAUUCGUCGCUCUCACAAGUUUCAGAAUCAUUUACUCUGUCUUUUGCCUCUACCGGUUCUGUACCCUCUAACUGUCUUCUCCAAGAGCAAGUCGUCUUCAUCCUUUACUUCAAAACAUGGCCAAUAUGUAUAGUCGAAGACAGAGAUAGUGAAAUAUGCGACGAAACAUAAGACGCGCAAAACGUCGAAUGAGGUUGAAUGGCUCUCGAUAAUGUGACGUCACAUUUUUCCACUAUGUUGGAAACGAUCGCGUCAGCCAGUUUCCUAUCCAGUCUUUCUAUUAUCCAUGAUAAUAUUUACGCGCGUAAAAUUUACGUGCGUACGCACGUAAAACUUACGCGACAGUGGAAAUCCACCCUAAUACCACUCCGUUCCACUCCGUUUUCCCCUCGCUGGCCAACACAAAAUAUUCGACUAUUGUGCAGUCGGUAGUCUACUUUAGCAUACAUAUGGGGUCGCAAAAAAUACUCCGCAAAUGUUUCGGAAACUUUUUUGUCUCAAGUUAAUUGUCCAAGAAUUAGAGUACCUGAAUGGAGUGAAGAGUACUAAUUUUUGUGUUACGAAAAAUUAGUGUUUCAGUGUAAACAGAAGAAUUUGGUUUUGUCAACUGGGUUGGUAAAGAAAGGUGAAUUAACAGCUGACGUCGAGAGCGCCAGCAUUUUAUCGGAGUAUACUUUUAGUUGCUUUUGUGACUCAUAUCCUUGUUGUUUUUUACAGAGAUACCACGUUCUGGCCCUGUUUUAUUGUUAUCAUAAUCAAACUGCUCAAGCUAUGGAAGUGUGGAAAAAGUAUGCACUAACUCUGUACCAGAAUAUACUAGAGGAGAAAAAAAGUUUUUACUAUUUCCUGUUAAAAGUUUUUGAGAUGAUAACACUGCAAGGUCUGUGACGGCAAAAGACAUUGCUGCCUGCGAAUGUUGACCACUACUUUGUUAUUUAUUUAUUUAAUUCUUUUAGCUUCGCCUAUGAAACAAACAAAACAUGCUUAAAUAAACCAGGUUUAACAAAUUCAAUUGCACCAGCCUCCCAGAACGGCAUGUUGCAAGAAACAGAUAACCAAAGAAAGCUGCUUCGUCCUGGGCUCAUUGUGUCUCGGAAAACAGACAGCAGAGGGCAUCAUGGGAAGCGCAUCCUUCCCAUGAAACCACACGCCCCUCGCAGGACUGAACAAGGGAAAUGAGAAAGUUACUUUUUGUUAUAAAGUAAUAGUUUUUCCCCGUUCUUUAAAAGGAUUAUCCAGGAGAAGAUAAGAGAUCCAAACUUUCCUGGGAUGGAGUAUGUUGUGAGUUUCCUCUGUAGGUAAGACUGUUUGUAUUUUUUGAUACUGGGAAUUUUAAAAUUUAAGCCAGGAAAAAAAUGCUUUGAUUUCCGAUUUUAGGGGUAGUUAUACCACGGUGUACACGAAACACAGCGAGUCAACAGGGGAAUGAAAUCCUGUUAGAUAUGUGUAGCCGAACAAGUAAUUGAUUGAUCUUUUCUCUUGAUUUGGAUGAUUUAGUUUACAGGAUUUUGAAUUACUGUGGAAUCACGUGCCAUGGCUAAUGGAAAAGGAUCAAGAUAUAGCAGUUAAGGUAAAGUGUUCGGCUUGAACAUUGACCUGCAAUCAGAGAUAGGCUGUGCCUUUUCCCCUUUUUUAGCAAGGAGACGGGGAAUGGAAUAUUUCAUUAUUCCUCCUUCCCCAUGUCGUUCCAAGCCUUAACCUUACGGAUGAGAAAGGAGCUUUUGUAGUUUAGAGAAAAAAUUGAUGGUUUAUGAAUACCCCACCGAACCUGUACAUUUUAGGACAACCACUGACAUAUCUCACUUCCGUUCUUUCAACGCGUAGCCGCUGAAAUAUCCAUCAGGAAAACGUAGGAUUUUGUACGCAAUCACGCGGUUUACACUAGGCUCGGUGUCUCGAUGCGCCCGCGGUACUCCCCACCCGACUGGGCGUAUCGAGACCCUCAAGGCUGGAGACUCAGCCUAGGUUUGCACUCAAGACUUAAAGCAUUCUUCAAUUACACUUUGAUUGAAUUGUUCAGACGCGUUUGUCAGUUUCAAAAUAGCCUAAUUUUGUCAUGAAUUUAUCAUUCGCCACUUUAGAAAGGAGAGAACAGAGAAGGGAACUGGAGCCGAAACUUCUGGGAUCGUUACUGUGAAGGCGUUGUUCAGCUAGUGGCCAAUUAUCCCCUGUCGCUUGUCCCAGAAGUCUUUGCGAUAGUUAACUCGAUCCAGUCUCCUCGUAUUCUUGGGCGGCAGGAUCCUUGUCUGUAAAUUAAAAACUUUGUUGUUUUAUAUUGUUGUAGAUUUUCACUAGCAGCUCAGCAGAUAAGUCUUCAAAAGAGGAAAAGAUGAAGCCUGACUUAAUAGUAGAAUAUCUUCAAAGAUUCCCAAUGGCAUUACAGCGAUAUCUAGAACAUCUUGUGUAUGUGAAAAAUCAUGAGGUAAUUUUUGCUUUAUUUUAGCCGUUCAUAAAUGUCAUUGAGUUGAAGUUUUAUGUUUUUUGUUUUAAACUCAUUAUCCUAAAACAAAAGGAAGUAACAUUUCGACCGCGGAUAAAAUUGCGCCUUAGCCUUACAUUAUCGAGGAAUCUGUGUACUAAUUUAAAAAAAAAAUCGUGUAUAAAUUGCUGGUUUGCAUCUGACGUCACGGUGGCCAUGUUGUUUGACAAGAACAAAAGCGUUUCUUUCCACUGGAAACUGAACUCUUUUUCCAUGCAUAUUUUGGGGAAAAGAAGUUGUAAUUUUCGUCAACCAACUUGGCCCCCUAUAACUUAGUUGGAGACUGUUAAUAGGUUUUUGUCCCCCAACGGUACCCUUGAUUUCCACUGAUCUCUCGAGUAGGGUCAAAGGACGAGCGCGGGUUCAUUUUUCCGAACAGCGGUUAGUAAUUGAGUCUACCCAAACUGCCUUCUAUGAAAAUUUUCCGUAGCUUUGAACCAGUGAGACAAACAGUGGCAGAACUAAUUGGUCUCUCUGUUCUGUCAACUAGAAAGAGAAGUACCACACCCAUCUAGCGCUGCUUUAUCUUGAACAAGUAUUGAAAAUGAGACGAGAACCUUCAUGUUCCUUAGAAAAACUGAACGUACAAAGGUAGGUAUUAGGCUAUCACAAGGGAAAACUAUAAUAAUUACGAGACUAGAGAAAACUCAAUGUAAGUGUCAAACUCAGUCACCAACCUACCUCGCAAGUACUUUAUGCAUGCGAACAGCCAUAUCUCUUGCUUUAAGGUUAUACAUAAGAAACGUAGCCUUAUUCUUAGAUCGUCAGAAGGUCAGGCUGAGUUAAGCGUACUUAAAAUGUUUCUACCCCUGAAAUAGUCCUUGAGUUAUUUCCUCAAUAGUUGUCAUGCAAAAAGCGAAAGGUGCGCCGGAAGGAGCCGAAAACUUAAUCGCGCUCAAUUUCGAGACAUAAUGCAAUUGUCUUCUUGUAAAAGUGACCCUGUUUUUCUUGUCGGUCGCCACCAAAUAGCAAUUCAAAGUCAACAGAAAAAGACGAUCUGGUUAUGUUUUCCCAGAUUACCAUAUCCGUGACUUUUGUCACCUUUUAGGGAGCUCCUGUAAGCAGCUUGAUUUGUUCUCUUUUAGAACUAGGCUCCGCCACAUGUUGGAGUGGUCAUGUCUGUACCGAGUGACUCUCUUGUUGUCUAAGAUUAAUGAUGAUUCAGAUUUAGAUGCUGAGGCCGCCAUUCUCUAUGGAAAGGUUGGUACAUAUGUAGACGCCAAAUGUUUGAGUAGAAUAGGUACUUGAAAUUUAACUUUUAUUCUUUUGUAUAACCGCCAAAUUCGUUGUAUCGCGCUACGCGUUUAGGAAACAUGUGUACUUGGAACGAGUUCAAAAGGUCAUGGUAUGUGAUUUGUGAUCCGUGGAUUUUGAUCCGUUCUGUUUAUUUCUGUGUUCAAGGUUCAUUGCUGGUGAUCGUCCUGAUUCGGGCAAUAAUUGACUAGUUUGGCUCGAACGUGUUUCUGAUCUUUCUUACAAAUGUCUACCUUACUUGCAAGAAUAAAGAAAAGUCUGUCUCCCUCCCCUCGACAAAAAUUUCAUUCACCACCGAGAUUUCCUUUGCUAUUCUCGAUCAGUCUAGAGCCAUUCUCAGUUUUGUUUUUGAGGGCGAAGCUGGCAUGGGCGAGCGCGUUGUGUUGUGAUUUGCAUUUACCCCGCCCCCACUCAAAUGACUGACGGAACAGAAAAACCCAAAAUUCCUUCGAGGUUUUCGAAACACACAGCGCGAUACAACGAAUUUGGCUGUAAAACAUGGAAUAUAAUACUGCAGUAAGUGGUGUCUCCUUGUCUGAUGAUCGUCGAAACAAUUGCUUUUAAUGGAUCAUGUCGGCAUACUGUCGGCCGACACUAUCGCCCUUGUCUCUUCUUUUAUUUCUGAGACGUGUAAGUGUAAAAGUAUUUUCGAGGUUUGGUUUUAUGACCUACAUGUUUUUUCUCGUUUUUUUUUUUAUUUGGUAUUUGCAAGGUGUCAAAGCUAAGAGGGUAGCAUAAAAAAAGAAGAGUAUAGUGAACAAAAAUAGAGUCAUCCUUUUUCUAACAUUUUCUAACAAUGGCGGCAGUUGUUGAAUAUGACGUCACAUUGCUCCAACAAGUCACGUGAACUUUCCAAGGAAAACAGGGGAAUAUUUAAGAGCUCCGUCAAUUUUGCUGGUACUAAGCUUAUUUUGAAUUUUUUUCGUCAGAUGGAGCAAUACAGUAAAGCUCUAAAGAUUUUAGUUUACAAACUUGAGGAUUACGCAGAAGCUGAAAGAUUUUGCGAGUUACAUUCUAAGGUGAAUAAAAACGCUCGUUUAUCGACGAAUAUGUAGCUAGACAUCUUAAGUUCUGAUGAACAGCUGGCGACAUGUAAAGAUCAAAGUAUUUGUGAAUAGUUUUCAUUUAAUUGGUCUCAUGCCUUAAAGUUUGAAAAUAACCCCGGGGCUUAUAUUUUUCUAUAAUUAGUUUUGAGGGCUCUUUAAUUUUAUGCUCUGCGAACGGGUAAAUUUGCGUUUCAAAAUCAUUGGCAAAUAGUGAACAAAAAAUUAAGAAAACCAAAAAAUAAAUUUUACUAAAUAUUUGAAGGCCUUUUUCGAAAGCCUACAACUGCAGGACAGUCCCAAUGUAUUUUUGUUGUAGUUCGAUUUAACGGAGGGUUUUUGCGUUACCGGUUUGGGGGGCUUAUAUUUGGAGUGGCUUAUACAUGGAGGGGCUUAUUUUCGGAAUUUUAAGGUAUCUCUAUAAUUAAUUCCGAGCGUAACAGGGUUAACGUCAUCACAUUUGACUCCUUUAGGGCAAGGACAGAAACUUUCGCACGAAGCUUUUCCAAACUUUGCUAGAAGUCUACCUUUCACCAGACGAGUAAGUAGAUGAAGAAAUCCUUGGCUACCAUAGUUUUUCUUAUUUUUGAAAAUGUGAAGUAUUUGUAACUCAAGAUCAAACUCCGGUCUUAUUUCCCGUUUAAAAGCUAAAAGUUUUCAGUUUUGAUAUUUUUAACCCCUGAUAUAACGGCCUUCGGAAUUGGGCGGACCGAGCGUAAAAUCUAGGAAUAAUUGUUAAAUAUUCUAACAGUAAAAUGUAUGGGACAGAACCCCGAUAUAACGAUAUUCCCGACAUAACGAUGAGAAUUUAGCGGACCGAGCGUAAAAUCUUUCCCGAUAUAACGAUAUUAUCAGUACACAGUCACAAAUUAAGAAAACAUUGAAGGUUUCUAUCAGCUUACUUGGUCUACUUGGGCUGUACAUAAUUCUCAUAACAUAAAGAUUGAAACGAAAACGACUUAAGAAGGACUCUUGCAAGAGUGUCAUGCGCAAUAAUGCAUUAAAAACAAUGAACACGCGAACUCUAUAAGUAAAGAUUUUAACAGUCGCAACUUCAAAUGUUUUAGUUUAGUUUUAUUGCACUUGUACGAUUCCUCCUACAGAAUUUACUCUGUAUAAUAAACUUUAGAAACUUCUAGUGCUUUGCAAACUGUUUAAGGACAUUGCUGCGUGCUUGAAAUGUUACGUUUGUGAAUCAUUUGAUACUCAUUACAAAUAAAAUUAAAUAACGUAUGCAGUAAAGGUACAUGUUAGUUUUACCCCAAUAUAACGAUAUUUUCGGUAAUUUUACGGCCAUGUCGUUAUAUCGGGAGUUUCAAUAAAACGAUUCCUCGAUAUAACGAUAUAAUUUUACUACUCCCUUGGUAUAUCGGGGUACCACUGCAAAACUCUUCUGUAGGGCGUGACCUCAGGUUAACUUCUUCAUAUCUUUUUUUUAAUUUUCAGGGAACACGAGCCAUUGAUCACGCCGGCUGUAGCACUUCUCAAUUCACACAUGGCGGACUUUGACACUGCUGAGGUAUUGUUCCUCAGUUUUCUAUAACCACCACCUUUUCCAACAUGCCAAAGUAUUUUACAGAAUUCGCCAUUUGCUAAUCUUCCAUAAUACACCUUGUUUGCCCGCCCCCUCCCCCACUAAAUUUUGCAUUACUUUUGUUCCCAAGAGAAAUCAAGGACAAUGUCUAUGCAUUUUUGGGGGGCGGGGAGAGGGGGGUAUCAAGGUGUAUAAUGGGAGAUGUGCAAAUGGCAAAUGGGCCAUUCUGAAGUUGCGCUUAGGACUGGGUCAGUGAAGUUUCAAACCAUACUAUGGGACUGUUGUAGGGCAGUAACGCAGUUUCCUGCUACCCUCUUAUUAGUAGAAGCAAGUGUUAUAGUGAAAUUCACGACAACACAAUACACAAUACACAAUACAAACACAAUGCCUUUUCUAGGAUAAUUGAUAUUUAUGAUUUUAGAGCAUCCAGUCCUCAAAUUGAACUGAAUUAGCUUUUUACGCUUUGUUAUCUGAAUUCAACCCACCUUUAAAUAACCCGGCCCAUGAAUUGAAAGUGUUUGUGUCGUUUGCAAUUUUUUCAGGCCAUGAAACUUAUCCCUGAGGAGUGGUCGAUUGGCCUCAUCUCUCAGUUUCUAAGCGGUUCAUUGCGGUUGAGUCUUCAUAAAAGUCGCACCACUAAGAUGCUAAGUUCCCUGGCUCGAGGGGAAAACAUCAAAGUAAGUGAUAAGAACUCUUGCUUGGGACAAAUCCCUCGGGCAUUCGGCCCUUAUCCUAUUAUACCGUCUACUGCCGCUUAUAACCCCUAGGCUUAUACAUCUUGUAAGAGGUAUCAGGGGGCGGGGCUUAUAUCCCAGGGGACUUAUAUCCCGGGGGCUUAUAUCCCAAGGGGCUUACAACCGGAAUAGGAUAAACAGGCGCAAAGGUCUAAAACUGCUAUCAAAGAUGGCUUUGAAGAAAUGGAGCAGGAAUUUGCGUUUUGGAAACAGGACUUCCUUUUCAUACGUUCCGUUGCUCCAGGAAAUCAUUUUUCGAUGAAGCGACCCAAAAUUCGUCUUCCAUUUACUUUCUCACUGGAUUGUCCGGAAAUCUUUUGUAAAUACCGUCCAACUAUGUCUUGUGUAUAACGGCCCUGUAUAUAGCGGUCACUCUGUACCCAUUACGGUCACCGGACAACUUCCCGAAAAUUUUCAAUUGCCUUAUAUUAUCUGCAAAGUUGACCUGUAUAUAGCGGUCACCCUGCAUUUAACGGUCACCUUGUAGUUUCUGGCGUAUUUUUUCUCGCAAAUUAGCCAGAAAGUAUUAAUUCUAUGACCCGGGAAUAGCCGAGGCUAGCCAUGAAUACCAGGACAUCAUAGCUAUCAAGUGGCAGUAUGCCACAUGUUGGGCCAUUCUAAGCCUGCACCAAUUUAUUGGAUCUUUGUUUUGACGAAUUUGUAAUUUUAUAUAUUCUGAACAUGAUGUAUUUGUAUGCACCACAGAUUAAAUUUGUUAUGGUUUCGUUUUAGAUGAAGAGUUCUCACAUGAUAUCCCACAAAGCCCAUCUUUUGGUGACGGAAGAAAGGUAAUCUUUUGGUCAAUUCUAAACCGCAGCUCUACAAUACGAAUUUUAAAAAAGAAACCAUAAAAAAUUGGAAAAAAAGGAGAGAAAUACAAGGGAAAAAAUAGCCUGAGAAAACAGCCGACAUUUUGCGGACGCCACCACUGGUUUCCCCGCGAAAUGACGUCAGAGAAACGAGCGAAGAAAUUCCAUACUGAUGACGUCUGGGAUAUUGCCUCUGAUUGGCUAAAAUUUGCUUCAACCAAUCAGAAGCUCUGCCCAGAUCUGGGUGGUGACGCCUCGUCAUCAGUAUGGAUUUCUCAGACGUCAUUUCGCGGGGAAACCAACGGUGGCGUCGGCUGUUUUCUCAGGCUAGGAAAAAAGCGAACAACAGAAGAAGAACCGUCUUGUAUGCAGCCACUGAAUCGUGUAUUUAUUUAUUUUUUGCUUACAGUAAUUUUUGUUGUUCUUCAGGCUAUGUCAGUCUUGUAGGAGGCCCUUUAAUGACCCGGCCGUUGCACGUUAUCCUAACGGCGUAAUAACUCAUAUACACUGUGCAAGGAACAAGACUGUGUGUCCCGUGACCGGUCACGUGUUCUCUUCUCUUGAACAAAGCAGUGAGGCUCCAAGUGGCGAGUGAUAAUAUGCCAUAUUUUACGUGCUUGGACCAUACGCGUGCCUCUACCGUGCCCAGAUCGAGGGUGCGCAGAACAACGCAGGUGGUAUGCCACCCUUCAGGGCUCAAGGAAGCAUACAUAUCAGAAUCCAGCUUUCGGGUCAUAUGGGGUAGACGACUAUAUGGCAUUUAGCCAUGACGUAUAUACCUCUAUUAGGUGCUCCUCUCGGAUUAACAUAUGGCCUUCGUAUGACUGACUUGUGCUGCUUAUCGCGUGGAUUUGUCCAAGAUAAGGCGGCUACUUACAGAAAGGUCAACCCUCAUCGCUAAAAGAACUUGAGAAGGUUACGUUAUGUGGUCUUCCCUUUUUGUGGCAAUAAAGACAUGAAGAAACAGAUUAGUGCUCUGUAAUUUAUCCUGAAUUAUCACAUUCAUCUACCUGUAACCUCUGUAUAAAGUUUUAGAACAGUGCUAGUGGUGAUAACUUUAAAAGUGAAGUUUAUGCUUAGUCUCAAAAACAAGAUCCGCACGAGAUCUUGGCAUGAAUGAGUUAGUUGAACCCAGACAAGAAUGUUCUUGGUGCUUUUAUUUAAAUGAAAUUUAGUUAUUUCCACGAAAUAUUUUACAAUUAAAUGUUUGUAUAUAAUUAUUUUUAUAGUGGACUAAAUUUAUAGAACCCUUAGUAGAUCAUUUUCCAUCAAUAUGCUGAAUUUGUACAUAAAGCAGGU